AUGGGUUCAGUAUCAGCCCCCAAGAUCAUCCUCUACACCAACCACCGCUGCCCCUGGGCUCACCGCGCUCACAUCGCCCUCGCCGAACUCGGCCUCGAGUACAAGGAAGAAAUCAUCGACCUCUCAGUCCCCCGCACGGCAGAAUACCUCAAGGUCAAUCCCCGCGGACUCGUCCCCUCCAUCAACUACAAUGGCAACAUCGUCACCGAGUCCGCCAUCGUCGCGCAAUUCCUGGCCGAUGCUCACCCCUCUCACCUCGUGAAGACAAGCAGUGAGGAAGGCGGUGCGCUUCAGAGAGCUAGAAUCGCUUACUUUGUUGAUGCCUAUUUUAGUAAGGUGAAUGGUGGGUUCUGGGGACUUUUGUUUGCUGAGGGGGAGGAGAAGGAGAAGGCCGGGCAGGUCUUUGUCGAUGCUGUGGUGAAGGAGAUUGAGCCGCUGUUGCAGGAUGCGGCCCCUUUCUUUGGGGGAUCGAGGAAAUUGACUCUUGCUGAGGUAUUUUCUCUCUUACUUUUCUCACCUAGUUACCUUCCAGAGUGCAUAUUCUUGUUUUCCUCGAAGAAAAGACUGAUCACAUUUAGGUCCAAACUGGCUCCUUCCUCCUCAGAGUCUUGCAUCUGCCAAAGUUUGAAGAAUACAAUCUCUUACCUAAGAGCCUUUUGA